AUGAUGCGGAAAUUGUUAAUUUUGGUAUUCAUUAUGACACUGAUAACUCGAUGGGUCUUCAGCCGAACAAUCAAUAUAUCAGCACGGUGUAACUUGGAAUCAGAUCACACCAAACUUGGACGAUGCUUGCGACCAUGGCUCGAUCUGUGGGAGAUGAUACGAGUACAAGAGGGUCAUGCGUCCAAUCUCAUGUAUCCGAUUCCAUUCUAUUCCCGAGAAUCCGUGUUGUUCCUCUGCAGUGCUUACCUUGACAGUCGAUCAACAUGCAUGACAUCUGAAGUGCUUGAAAAAUGCAAGCAUAACGAAAUGAUUAUCUUCAUACAAAGCCACAUGCGCUAUUAUUGUGGAAAUAAAGCCAAACUUGCAUUCGAAAAUUUUGGCUGUCUCCACGAUGCGUUAAUGUCCAAUCAACAUUGUUGGCGACAUAUUGAGGAUAUCUCAUCGCCCACCUAUGGAGAAGGUAAAUGUAUCAGCAUACCCACGUUUUUUAAUUGUAUAUUGCCUGGUGUGCGAUCGAAAUGCGAAAAACCCGGUGUUCAUAUUCUUGUCGAUGCAAUUACUUCAUUUGGAUGUGCUCUUCAAAAGGAGUUGGUACAACAAUCAGUAACAUAUAUUGCAAAAAUGAAUAAUACUGGUGAACUUACUGAAGAAGCUGGAAAAACGUAUAUACGGAACCAGUUACCGUCUGCGCUUCCCAUACUUGAUGAAGAAAGAAAUGCAAGGCCUUCGAUUCAAAAAUAUAUGACAGUGCGGAAUAAUUUUGACAACUUUCACCUUUCCACUUCCACUUCAUCUACAACAAAUGGAAUGCAAAAUGAAAGCAGUGGAGUUGAAUUAUUCCAUCAAACAAAUCCUUCUAAUGACUUAUUAAGUCCAUUUCUUAGCAAGAAACAAACUUCCGAUUACCGCCUUGCAUCUGAUCGAAAAAUCGAUUCUGACUUGGAUUACGUGGAAGAAAAUACAUUUCUGCAGUCAGACCCAGCAAUUGAAAUAGCAUUCGACGAUGAUGAAAGUGUCAUAAGUAUUUCUAAAACCAAAUCAUUUACGUGUACAACGAAGCAAGAGGAACAGAUCGUUCAGUGUUAUGCGCCUUUGAUCGAAUUAUGGAAUAAGAUACAGAAUCGGCAUCGAUCUUUUGAUGAUAUUUUAUUACCCUUUUUAACCUAUGAUUCAAAAGAACUGAAUGACUUGUGUGAUCUUCUGGACGUUAUCUUCGAUAGUUGCUUUACAACUAGUCUUAUCAGUAACUGCCGAGAUAAUAUCCUGAUGGAAUUCGUGGAUGAACAUUUUGGAAUAAUUUGCUCGAAAACGGGCGCCGGUAAUCUGUUCGAAUCUUUCACAUGUCUUAGGAAAGUAAUCAUCGAGGAAAAGGAAUGUACCGCUAUCAUACGAUAUAAUAGCACUGGGAUAAUUCAUUGUGAUCAAAUGUCGCACUUUUUUGAUUGCUUACUGGGUGCUGUACAACGGAAAUGUACCCAGGAGACACAAUUCUUCUUUGCUGAUAUAAUUACAAAUUUCGGUUGCACUGCUAGUUUAAACCAGCAUAAAUCAAAUAUAGAAAGAAGAACUAUGGAAAAAAUGAAUAUGAAUCAGAAACAGCAAAGUGUAUCAGCCGAAGUGCAGAAGAUAAAUCCUUCAAUCGCGCAAGAAAGACAUUCGGUGAAGAUUCUGGAUGGUGAACUAUUUUCCUACCAGUUAUCCACAAAAUGCACUAAAGAAAUGCAAAUUAGGACAAGAUUAUGUGUCCAACCGUUGAUGCUUAGAUGGAACAAAAUGCGACAGCAAAGACCGAUGUUAAAAAAUGUGUCAUUCCCUAUGUAUAAGUAUACUCGACAAGAAUUGCUAGAACUUUGUGACGGUUAUGCAAAUAUGUUUUUAUGUGCUGGCUUUGAAUCGAUCACGAUUUGCCUUAACGAUGAAAUGGUUCGAUUUGCCCGAGAUCACUUCGGAUACAUCUGUACACCUCAAAAUAUUAAACGUUUCAUGGAACAUUAUGAAUGUAUUGUGGAAGUUGCUACCAUUUAUAAUGAAAGAUGCCAGAUGUUUAUUACUGGUGUAGCAGAACCAGGAAAAGAUCUGAAGAAAUGCCGUGGCAUCCGACAAUAUUACGACUGCAUGAAACCUGAGAUUAUAUGGAAGUGUCAAAGUGAAGCAUUAAAAGAAUUCGAAACAUCAGUAAUCGAAUAUGGUUGCGAUUUGGGUCUUAACGAAUCUCUAUGA